AACCAUAUAAAGAUCGUAAUAAUUUCUGGUCUAUAAUUUUUUGUUUUCCCCCUCGUGUCUCACUUUCUUGAGACCUACACUCUAUUUUUGACGAAUGCAGCUUUCUUUGUCAUUCAACAAACAGUUCAACAUGUGGGCUUAGAUAUCAGUCGAACCGGGAAAGAGAAAAACUCGGUAGAUUUGAAUUCAUCCACGAAAAUUGUCAGAUACGUGAUAACUAGGACACACACACAAAAGCACAGAGGCAAAAAGGGGCUGCCUUUUUUUGUUGUUGUUACUGGAACAAAAACUCAAAAAGAAACCAAACCGACUGAAAACGUGUGAGAAAAAAAGAAAAAAUCGAGAAAGAAAAAUCAAGACCUGAAUACGUGUGUGUCUAAAGCAGAACGAAAGGGUGAGUAGGUAAGGUGUAUUUAGCAAGAUAUCCUACGACUUGGGUGGUGAUGGCCAUGGGGCGUUGGUGACCCAGCCGAAGAGGUGAAGUGCCUCAGGAUGGAGGGAGAUGCUUCGCUGAAGAAAGUACUAAGCGGACCGUGGUGGCACCACAUGUAGGAGGUCCAACCAGUGAUUGGUGGUCACCGACCCACCACCUGGAUGGACUCGAACAGACGAAGAUGGUGGCCAAGAAGGGAACGGGGGAGGAAAAAGGGAAGAGAGUUCGUGCGGCCCCAGCAAAACAGUUUCCGCGCAGAGAUACACUCGUCUGAAAUCCGUCGUUUAAAAGCGUUGAACGUCUGUGUUAAAACGCGAAGAGAGAACAGUUUUCGAGUUCAUAUACUUAGUGCCACCGUGUCGAGUGCAAUAGUGUGUUUUGAUUGGUGUCACAAUUCAAGAUAUCCACUUCUGAUGUGCCGAUGACAAUCAUGGAAGACUCGAUAAAGUGGACGCCGUUAUGCAUACUGAAACGACAUUUAACUCGACACUUGCAGCGAUGGAACUUACCGUGGCUGUCGAUAUUCUUCGUGCUGCUUUUGAUGAUUGCCACCGCAUGGGCCGGCCCGGUGAUGCACCAGACGGCCAAUUUGGAUUCAGCUGCCAAUGGCGGAAACGGAGUGGUAGAUCUACAACGUUUCUCGCGCUCUCAUUUUGCUUUCUCGUUAGACCUGUACUCGGCCCUGGCCAGCCAAAGCCCGGCCAAUCACGAGGGCGAGGCGGGCAAUUUACUGUUUUCGCCUUACAGCGUGUCGACAGCUCUUUCGAUGAUCUUUCUCGGUGCCGGAUCGGGAUCGACCACUUCGCUUCAGCUUCGUUCAGCCCUGCACUUGAACAAUUUCAGCUUCAGCGAUGUUCACGACUCUUACAAGACUGUCAUCAACAAAUUAACGGACCCAUACUACGCCGACAUACUGGUCACGAUGAACGGAAUCUUUCAACAGCAGGACACGUACAUUUCGGAGAAAUAUAAGCGAGCCUUGGAAGAAUUCUACAAUGUUCGAAUAGAACCGGUGGAUUUCGUGCGGCAUCCCCAGUUGGCUGUAGACAGCAUUAAUUCCUGGGCGAGGAAUUUCACGAAGCAGACCACUCCACAUCCGCUUUAUAAGCCGACAACACAACCGUCCAUUAAUCCACAGCUAGGAAUUACUUUGGCUAACGGGCUGGCAUUCCGCUCUCACUGGCUUUUUCGAUUCGAUCCUGCCUCGACUUUUGACAAGGGACUUUUCUAUACGACUUCGAAAAAAAGGUUUGAAAUCCCAAUGAUGGUUGGUCGUUUUAAGAUACCAGUUGGUUACAGCGCCGAUUUAGAGUGCAGGAUAGCAGAACUGCCUUUCUCAUCUAGAAGGGUAUCUUUCUUUAUAAUUCUACCGGAUGAUGUCGAUCGAGGAAUCACGAAACUUGAAGCAAACAUGACAUCUGAUAAUAUCAAAGCCUUGUUCUCUACGCUAAAGGAUGAGACCGUCAAUAUCCGGCUUCCGAGGUUCCGUUUGGAGCAGCAGGAAAUGGACUUGACUAACAUUUUGGCAUCACUAGGAAUUAACGACGUUUUCGACAGUGAGGCAGCAGAUUUAAGUGGCAUCUCGAGCGAAAAGCUUCGCUUAAACCACGUGAUUCACAAGACAUUUUUGGAAGUGCAGGAGGAUGGAAUGGGUGAAGCCACAACGUCUGGGUUAAACCGGUUGGGGGCAUUUGGCGAAAAAUACUUCGAAGUAGAUCAUCCAUUCAUCUUCUUUUUAUGGGAUUACCACAGCGGUAUCCUUUUAUUUAUUGGAAGAAUCACAGCUCCUGAACCUUUCAUUAACUAAACCUUUUUGAAUAACUUAUGACACAACAGUGACUUUUUUUGCAUGCAUCAUCUUCUUUUAAUUUGCACACUUGUCUGUCUAGUAAUCUGUAUGUGCAUGUCUCUGUAUAUACAUUUGUUGCAAUGUCUGUUUUUAUUGGGUUCUAUAUUGCUGCCAGUACGGCUAUACUCGUGACUCUACAGCAAUCGAAUUUUGUGUUGUCUGACAAUCAAGCCAAAAUCUGAUUUCAACCCGAAUAUUUGAUGGAAUACGAUAAAAUAUGGACAUAA